AUUAGUAUUAGUGUUUCCAAAUUCUCUCACGGAACAGAGUAUUGCAAAGUAUACUUGGUCGUUUCGUAUGAAUACAGAUGUAAUAUUUUCAGAAUACUUGAUACAUAAAAUUAUGAUUUUAUUUUGUACAAAAAUCAAUAUUGUUAGGAAUAAUAAUACGCAUAAACAACCAACAAUUGUACUAUAAUAUAUAUGAUACUCUAUAGUAAAUCAAGGUAUUGUGGCAAUUUUUGUACACGUAUGUAAGUAUGAUAUAAAAUACGUGGAAACGAUUUAAAUAUUACGAAAAACUAUAUAAAUGUUUAAUUUAAUUAAAAAAUGGACAUUGAAACUGAGAAUGUUAUAAAUCUCGUUUUUCCUGACGGUAUACCAGAAUCAUGGAAAGAAAGUCCAGAUUUUUACCAAUACUUAUCAAAGCUUGGUGGUUAUGACGUUGAUCAACUCAGUAAAGAACCUGACCAUUUGGAGGAUGAAAAAACUUCAGUGUUACAAACUACACAAGAACUUGCAUUUUCAAAUUAUAAAACCUUUAUUCAAACUGCAGAAAGUUCCAGGGAAAUAUUUAAACAAUUUAAUGAGACUGAAAAUCGACUUAAUGGACUUGUACAAAAAAUACCCAAAUUCGUGGAGAGGUGCCAAUCAUUUUGUGAUACUUCAAAAGAUAUAAAUACACAUAGAAGAAUAAAUAGUUUAACAUUAACAAGAAAUGCAGAGUUGCUUGAAGUUCUUGAAAUGCCUCAGUUAAUGGAAUCCUGUUUAAGAAGUAAUCAGUACAAUGAAGCAUUGGAAUUGUCUCAAUAUGCACGUCAAUUAGGAACUAAGCAUGGCGAUAUCCCAAUCAUAUCGUCCAUAGUGGCAGAAAUUGAAAGCAGUUGGUCAGGCAUGGUAGGACAAGUUGUUGGAUCAUUGAGAGAAGAUUUACCACUUCCAAGAUGUUUACAACUUGUAGGAUUACUAAGAUCAAUGGAUGCCUUUACAGAAUCAGAAUUAAGGAUCAAAUUUCUACAAGCACGUGAUAGUUGGCUUCAAAAUCUUUUAACUGCUAUACCUAAAGAUGAUCCUAAUCUUCAUAUUACAAAAACAAUAGAACUAUCCAGGAUACAUUUGUUUAAUACAAUAACACAGUAUAGAGCUAUGUUUAAUGAUGAUGAACUUAUAAUACCAGGAAGAGAUCCAACUGUAAAUGAAUGUGCUAUAUUUUAUCAUUGGCUUGAAGAAAAGAUAUCUCAGUUUUUAAUAACUUUAGAACAAGAUUUACCUGGUGUGACAUCUAUAGAUUCUAUUUUGGGCCAAUGUACAUAUUUUGGUUUAUCAUUUGGUAGAGUAGGUGCUGAUUUUACUGGGCGAAUGUCUGAUAUAUUUGUACGUGUUAUUGGAGAAAAAUUCGAGUGUAAUGUUCAUAAAACAACCAAAAAAUUUGAAAAAGAUAUGGAAUCAUUUACGUUAAUUAAUAAAUCACAAAAGACUAAUGUUAAAAUGACUACUGCAAUUAAAUCAGAGAAUCCACCAGAACAGUUGGUAGAAUUCUAUCCAUUAGCUGAAUAUUGUAAUGGUCUUAUAUUAGCUUUUAAUGAAAUACGACUUUGUCCACCAGUGGCACUUUCUGUUUUUUGUACAAAUAUUUUACAGGAAUCUUUACACACUGUGACAAAAUCAAUAUUACUUUUUUAUAAACAAGAACAGCAAGCUUUUACAGCUUCGGAAAGAGAGAAUAUGCUUAGAUUUACAGAAAGUUUAAGUGACCAACUAAUUCCUUACGUACAGUAUUGCAUUCAUGCUAUUUUUCCACCAAGUCAAAUUGCAGUUCACUUAGGCAUUUCAGAGAAUUUAUUACAAAAAGAGGGAAUAACAUAUUUAAAUAGAAAGAGUAUAUUAGAACCAUUAGCUCCUUUAUUACCAAUUCCAAAAAAUCUAAAAGAUUCUUCGUCGGUCACUUCAUCAGUUACCGUUUCUACUGUACAAUCACUGAUGUUACCAGAAACUUCGAAUGAAGUGUCGUCGGCAUCUGAAAAUACAGAAACAAACACAACUGCAAUACAGUUAGAAAAAAUGAAAAUAUCUGGAUCACAUUCGUCUGCAGGGCAAAACACUGAAUCUCCUGAUUCACAACAAGAAAACGUAGCAUCAACUGAGGAUACAAAGACGGAUGCAAGUAGCUCAAGUAAUAAUACUUUAAAUCAAAAUAGAUAAUUAUAAAUUUUUAUUUCCUUAUGAGUUGUUACAUACAAAAAUAUUGUAAAUAAAGAAAAAAAUAA